AUGCUUCAAAGUCUCGUUCCUACCAUUGCAACUAUCCUGCUGGUGUUUUUAAUCGACUUCGCAGUUGCAGGCAACACCACUUGCGCGGGAAAUAUGACACAAUGGUACACGGAUGCAGUAGGAGAGACAGCAUGUACGACAUAUCAGAGACUCAGACAAAUAUGCAAUCCCAACUAUCAAGUCCCAAACUUUCGACCAAAUACUCCAGGUGAUCAAUGCGACGAUCAAUUGCAGAGUUGUUGCUGCAACUCCGUAUCGUGGGCGCUGAGUAUGCUUUGUAUGAACUGUCAAUGGGAUGUAAAUGGCGGGUCUGUCUCAGGCAUCGACGCUGGCGUUGGUGCAUAUGGGAUGUAUCGUUCUCCAUCAGGACCGUUUUGCACUCCAGGAACGAAUCAAUCGCUUCCUGAUGACAUACAGGCUGCAGUCUGCAACGAAGACAUCAAACUCUCCAAUUUCCUGUACGAACUCUUUUGGAACGACGGUUCGUGUAUCUAUACCAUGAACACCGGUGUUAAGGACGAAGCGGCGACAAACAAUAAUAUGUAUACCCACUGCAAUAGCACAGCAAGCUCGACCUUGAGCUCAAGUACCAGAACAAGCACUGCUUCAACGGCCUCAUCCCAGACAGCGGCCCCAUCCCAGACAACGACUGCUGCUUCUGCGGGUUCCGCACAGAAAUCUAAUAUUGCCAUAAUUAUAGGUCCUGUAAUCGGAGGUCUGAUCGCGCUGGUCGGGGCCGUCGUGAUCGCACGAUUCUGCUGGCGUAAGCGCCGCGUUUCAUUGGAUACCGAUAGCCCAUACGCAUACACAAUGGCAAUGGUCUCACCAUAUACAGUCACAGAUCCCGGUAAGUCUUUGAUUACAUUUCCCGUUAAUGGUGAGAAUGUCGAACGAUUCAGAUGCAGGCACGAGACCGACUUCGCACAGAUUCGAGAAUCCAAGCAAACGGGGUUAUCUACCUGA